AUGGCGGACGAGGAGCAGGGAGUCACCGAGGACGACGAGAAGGUCACCGAGGACCGCGCGACGAUGACUCCCAAGCUUCGCGGGCGACUCCUCGAGUGCACGUCCUGCGGCUUGAUGCCCGCGUCCAGGGAGAAGCGUGGCUGUUGCCACCAUUUGGUCGCCGGAACGGACGGCGACGUGUCGGAGGUGGUGACCUGGGUGUGGAACUCGGAAUUGCCACAAUUCGCCGCGAUGCCGAAAAUCACUUUGGGCCCCGACGUCGACACUUCUGGUACGACCGACUACACAUCGCACGGCACAGCAUUCGGGAUGCCGCUCACUCCCCGCCACACCGCACGCUCUGGCAGCCUCUCGACUGGGCAUGUGUGCAACCAGCCCGUCCUUCUCUCCGUCACGAUCGUGAUGCUCCAGUCGUUGCUCGUUUUCGCGAUGCUCUUCACCGAGUUCUUCAACGAGGUUGACGACUACUCCACGACGUCAGCCAUCGAGACGAUGUUUGACUUCAAGUGGGACACGUUGCCGGGCCUUGCACAGUGCGCUGCCACCGUGGUGUCCCUCCUCCUCCUGCCAUCCUUCAUGGUGGUCUCCCUCGCGCACCUCAAGGGCGUGCAGGAACUCCCCUAUCAGCGCUUGCUGCUCCACACCGCGUGGGCGUCUACACACACCUACGGGUGCUCUGGGCACCCUCCCAAGCUCCUCAUCGUAGCUUGGAUCGCGCACCUGACGCUGCUCGUGACCACGGUGCUGCCGACUCUGAUCUUUGUGACUGCCGCCGCCGUCGCUACGAGCAGCGACCAAGUCCUGCUGCUGGGCGUCGUCUCGAGCUUUGUCAUGUCAAUCGACGAAAAGGGGCUGGACAUCAUUACUUUCAUGGCCCCAAAGACAAAGUCAUCUAUUGGGGUCCUCGUCGUGACUCCGGACGCUGCGUGGGUGGCAGCUGCAAAGCCGCGGCAGGCCGCCCUCGUCAUGUUCGUGUUCGAGUUCGCGCUGAUCAUUCUCAUUGCGGUAGUUCCGCGGUACUGGGAGGCUUGGCUGCUAUUUCCCCUCGGCGUUGCCCUGCUCGGUGUCUUUCAGUUUUUCUUCGUCCCCUUCGGGACGGGCACCCGCGGCUACACGCGCCAAAUCAUGGGCUGCUGCUUCCUCAUCAACCUUGGGAUCCAAAUCGCGGUCCUUUGGCCCUUCCUGACCGGCCAGGAUGACCUUGCAAGCCGCAUUGUCAGCGCGGCUCUCGACGAAGACUACUAAGCGGGGUUCGAAGUCGUACGUGUCGUGUGUUGUGUGCUCUCCACCCCCAACGCCCUCUCUCUGUGCGCGCGCUCCGCGCUCUCUAGCCCUGUGCCAUCUCCGCGACAUGGCCCUCCAUCACCAUGCGUGCGCCAGUGCGCGGCUCCCCGUCCCCCCGCCCUGCGCUGGGCAAUUUAGGGGCACACACUGAACGUCUGUUUACCUUAUUAGGAGAAAUC